AUGUCCAAACGUGCCGCAUCCAGUGGUGAUGAACCGACCGCAAAGCGUCACUGCAGGAUUAGCAAAGUGAAUCAGACAGGACAAUCAGCACUAUAUGAUAAUGGCGCAUGGGAAAUUUUGAAGCAAUUCCUCAUGACAUCCAUGUUGUUAUCUGAGAUGGACGACUCACUUGUGGCGUAUCUCGGCGACCGGUACUCUGAGGAUGACUGGGUGGAACCCCGAUGUUUGUUAUUCUCCGGUGACGCUGAUAACAAUGAAUCCUUGAGGGUUCUUAUGGCGCUGUGGAGAAUGUACAUACCAGAUCCAUCAAAAAAACUGUCCGUGCACACAUCUGCAUCGAGUCCGGACAACCAUUUGUCAGGCUCGCGCAUCAAGAAAUUGCAUAGGUCAUACAAACGUAAAAAUAUGUAUAUACUCGAUGAGGCCAAGGAGGACAAUGAGGAGGAGGAGUAUGAGGAGGGAGAUGGAGAUGGAGAUGGAAUGUCUGUUCAGUUGCCGAAGGUCACACGAAUGCAAGGGCCAUUGCUGAAACAGAGGUUGGCUGCAACCUUCGACGACAUGGCCAGAACUGUCACAGAACAUGUCGCUGACUAUCUUCGGAGGAAAAACUUCCUUGUCACCUUGUCAGCUUGGGUAGUGGGCCAAAUUUAUGUUGUUGCGGACAGUCCCAAGACCAUCGCAGAUUCUCUACAUAACUCGCUUUAUGCUGGCAUCAAAAAGUACAGUCGCAUCACGGACAAAGAACGUGGAGCAGUCGAACGAUCACAAACCACUCUUCCCAACCCGGUGUGGCUUGAACUCCUCACCUCUCCUCACGUCGACGACAUUCAACUCCAUCUCGAAUCCAGAUGGGACAAACCUUUCCUCAGGAAAGCUGUCAUGGCAUUUGCAAUGCAAUUUUUGCAUGUGGGGGACCACGCCAGGGUCAUUAAAGGUUCUCUUAGUGGAGAGCUUGGUAAAGUGAUCUCGACCGACCAUACUUAUGGUUCCGUGUGCUUGGAAUUUACCUUUCAUGAAUGUCCGGAAGAAAUAGAAGUCCGACUGCAAGAUGUUGAGCGUGUCUUUUGGGUCAGUGACUCCGUUAGAGUUAUAGCCGGUCCGUACUUGGGUUUGGAAGGACACAUCCUUCAAAAGGCUGAGGACGUGUUUCACGUUUGUCAAGUGGCUACUAAGGAAGUGUCACACACUCCAUUCAAACCUACAAGUGCAACAACAUUGAGAGCCUCCCCGGACUCUAACUUGAUUGAAAUUGGGGAUUUCAUUCAAGUCCUGGACAGGGAACACACUGGGAAACACGGCGUCAUUGACUGGUUGUCUAAGGGAGAUAGUUAUCUGUGGUUCAGGGAUCUCUUCACUCCAGUUGACACAAAGUCCGGACUGUCAAGUAGCUCAGUUCAUAUAGUGAUGGUUCAGCAGACAGACCUCACAUGGACAAUCCAGUACACAAAAGAAAGAGGCUACAAUGUUAAACCUGGAGACACUGUGAGUGUUGCCCGUGGGCCGGAGUAUGGGGCAAAAGGGGUCAUACAGAGCAUGGACUUUCCCAACACUUGCUUGACCCUACUAUGUGACAGUGACUGUUUGCUUAUUGACGUUCAAAUCAGAUUUGUUAUCAAACUACACAAUCAUCACACCACCGUCAAACUUCACGAUGUUGUCACCAGGUAUGGCACGAGGUUAAGUGCCCGAAGCAUCACACCACCUGUCGAAAUCACUCCCUCUGGCUCGUCCACAUCCAUCACAGAUCUCAGUCUCUCGUCAUCCAACAGGUGGGCCAGCUGGUCCGCAAGCCCCGGGGAUGUUGAUAUGAUGCAUGACCCUGCGUCCAGCAUCAAUCCCAGCUCAUCCACAUCUGACCCCAUGACUUGA